GUGUACUUCAGGGAGCUGUUAAGCACUAUGAGUUUGAAAGAGCACUCGGAAGAGACUCUGUCAUGGAGGAAACUACACCUGAGCAGGGCGAAGCUGAAGGCCAUCAGUCAGACAUCAGCUUUUAUGGCAGGAUUUGCAAUGGUGGCCAUGGUGGAGAUGGACCUGGAGUCGACUGACCCGUAUCCCCGUUGGCUGCUGGUUGCUUUCAGUGCCUGCACUACCACUCUGGUGGCAGUCCAUCUCUUUGCCCUUGUGAUCAGCACCUGUCUCCUUCCACACUUUGAUGCGCUUGCCAGACUUGACAUCAAGAACUUAGGGUUUGAGUCUCCCCAGAAGAGCUUGCACUCCUACGUUGAGGCAGCUUGGAUCUUGUCCACUGUUGUUGGCACUUUGCUCUCCUUGGUGGAGGUGGUUCUUGUAGUCUGGAUCAAGUUUUUGCCGCUUAAUCCAAAUAAUAUGGAAAAAAACGACAUGAGCUCAAGCGAGGCAGCCAUCACUUCCUCCUCCAUCAUGUUGGCUGUUGGACUGUUGUUCAUUGUGUUUGCUGUGCACUUCUAUUACACGCUGGUCGUUCACAAAACUGACUGUCAGACUGAAAAACUGAAGGAGCUGGACUACAUAACCAAGAUUUUAUAAAAUGAUAGCUUCACAAGCUUCCAGGAGUGUGUGUGCUUACCAGAACCACAUGGCGCAGUGUGAAAAUAUACAGAGCUCAUUGGCCCGUUUUGUAUUCACUGAGCAUGUAUGUCUUUUACAUUUACCAUUUGGAUUUUUCUAUCAGCAGUAGAAGAAUUUGACCAUUGUGGGAAAAUAUCGAUGUUAUUGUUAAUUGUAAAAAUAAAUCGGAUAUUUUCUUCAA